AUGCUACGACAUCUUUCACUUGAUGUGUGGAGUUAUGAGGAUAGUCGGUUUGAAACCAUUGCGAGAUAUUUGCAAAAAGUACUUGAAUGUUAUGGCAAAUCCUUAAAUCAAUUGAGACUUCGAUUCAAUUAUAGCAAAAACCCUAAUAUUCUGAAUGAAAUAGGACAGUACUGUCUAAAUUUGAGUACUCUUAUUUUUCCUUUCCAUAGACGAGAUGACCUUGAACAUCUACUUCAUCUUUUACCAAAGUUGAAACAUUUAAAAAAAUUGAUUAUUGAGGCGUGGAACAGAGUGUAUUGCGCUGAUGA